GAGAAAGAAGUAGAGGAACACGAGAAGACGGUUUACGAUGGCAGCGUUGCUAUGGGGAACACCGUUGAGGAUGCCCAGAAAGCUGCGCGCGAGGCCAAACUGGCCAAGACCAAGGCCAUGAAGGAGCAGAAAAUGGCCCGAGCGGCCGCCAAGAAAUCUGGAACAGUUACCACUGUUGCCACUACUGCUGGGACCUACAUUGACAAGGACAGCCUGCCACCGGAGGCCAACACCAGCUACUACGAGAAGAUUGUGGACAGCAUGAAUGUCAUCCUAGCCAACCACAACUUCUGUGACAUCCAAACUGCAGAGGCGCUACCCAUUGUUGAUGGAGCUAAGACUUCAGGGGUGCAGGAGAACUUUCAUGUAGCCACCGAUGCUGCGGAUGUGGACCUUUUGGGGAAGCGUGGAAAGUGGCGAGGAAUCAGUCCUGAAGAGAUGCAGCACAGUCUCAUCUUUGCUUUGGCCAAGUGCAUUGAGGACAAGGAUUGCUUGUAUGUCUAUGACAAAAUGUUGUCCGACCCAGACUGCAAUCAAGUCCUUGAUCGCUUACAAGCAUUGUUUUGCAUGGGUUCACCUUUAAAUUCGCUGAGCAAGCUUCGGGUCGUCAUUGAGAAGAGCGAGAACCUCGAGACAAGGCAAUGGGUCCUGCAGGUGCUCUGCGACAUGAUCGAAAAUGGGCAGCUGGACAAGGAUACCAUUAGCAAAGGAUAUUUGCAAGGGAGUGGCACCAGCGCAUCGCUGGUUGAACUGCUGAAGUUGAAGCGAAGCACUGUACAGCACUUUUUGCAGGUGGAACUGCCAAGGAACCAGUUCGACACGGAGGAUCUGAAGAUGAUCUAUGAGAAGAUCAUGACAGCGAAGAACUACAGGAAGUAUGUGAAUCCGAGCAAGACAACGGACAGCUCUAUCCUUGCAGAGGUUCAGUGGAUGUCUUCUUUGAAAGGCUCAAGCUUGCUGGUGCUACGGCUGAUGGAGGACGACAUUACGUUCAAUGUCCGGUGGCAGCCCUGCUUGGCUGCCAAGAACAACGAGCUGGCGGCGGAGAAGGCAUUGUACCAACAGGAUGGCAAAAAUGCCAAAGAAGAUGUUUGCACCCAGAUCGCCGAGGGAAGCUUGGCGCCACAGCCAUCCAAGUACCCAAAAGGAUCUCGUGAGCAUUUUGUCGCUACCGCCGCGGAGCAGGUUCAGAUCUAUGUGAGCCUGGUCCCAGAGCCAGCCACAAUGGCAGGAGUAGCCAAGGUGGUGAAAGAAUCACAUGUUGCACAGCAUCUGGGUGCGCAGGGCAAAGGGUGCAUCAUGAUCCACUUUGAUGCGCAGCUUUUUGGUGAAUCCUUGAAGCGGCCAGACAGGCGGUUCCCGCCAUUGAGUCCUGCGCUUGUCAAGAAGCUUGUGCAUGGUGCUUUGAAAGGGCGGGGGUGCAGCCCCAACUCCAAGGUCGGCGAUGAUCACUACGACAAGCCAUUGGACGGUGAUUAUGUGUUCCUGAACGAUGGUGGCCGCAAUGUGCUUGAGAAAGAGCUCUAUGGAGCAAAGAUGGUUGGCUGCGAUGCCCCGACGAGCGAGGAGAAGGACAAAGAGGAGGUUCGCGAUGGGGGAGCUUAUGAGCCAGUCUUCUUCCACCACCUCUCGACAACCUUCUACCUGAAAGCUUUGAAGGCCUAUGAGGUGCGAGCUGUGGUGGAUUUGACCACGGGAUGUGGCAGCCGUGCGAAAGCAGCGCUACUUCAGAGGAUCCCCUUCCUAGGCAUGACGCUGACUGAGUCCCAUGCCAGCCUUUUGAAGGCCGAGCUGGUGAAGUUCGUCAAGCAGAAGAUGACUGAAGAAGGGAGCACGUUCUACAGCCCAGAGUGGUGUGCACUUGCUGGUGCUGGCGACGCUGGUGGGGGUGAUCCAAAGCCAAAGCCCGGGCCGAAGGCGAAGGUAAAGCCUGAAGCCAAACCAAAGCCCGAAGCAAAGCCAAAGCCUCGAGGCACUAAGAACAAGGGCGGCGGCGAGGAUCCCAAGCCGAACAAGAAACCCAAGACCGAUCAUCUGAGGCGGACAGCGAUGCUUCCGGCGAACGCGGCAGCUGAAUGGCCAAAGGGAGCCUAUUUCGGAAGGUUUUUGACAGGGCCCUCAUGCCCUCAUGCCAUCGAUCGUGUUGGGUUCAUCAGCGGUGACUGGGCCACAGCGCCUGAGUCUGAGACUGAUGUUAUCUGA